UAUAAAGGGACCCAACAAUUCACUAUAUAUAUUGGACACUUGAAGCUGUCCUUCAACCUCAUAGACACACUUACAACUUCUGCAAUUACCACAAUAGCUUAAAUGGAGUUCAAACAAUUAUCUUGUUUAGUUCUAAUAUUUUUGACUUUUGUAGAAAUUGAUGCACUGCAAUCCGACGAAGAAUAUUGGAAAUCUGUUUGGCCAAACACUCCUAUCCCGAAUAUUCUCUCGGGCAUAUUUAUCCCUGAUAAAGAAACUAAUGUACCUAUUAGAGGUAACGAUGAGGACCAAGAUUGGACAGCUUUUUUCCAACAUGAUCUUUAUCCGGGAAAGAAAAUCAGUUUAGGCUUCCACAAGAAUUCUAAUCGGCAAUCGUUACGAUCAAAGGCAGGUCAACCUUUGGGGACAUGGAUAUGGAGUGAAACACAUAGUCUUAGGAGCUAUUGUACAAACCCAGCAGCUAUUGGAGAAGAGAAGUAUUGCGCGCCGUCUUUAAAAUCAAUGAUGCAUUUUGCCAUUUCAAAGCUUGGAAAAAAUAUUAAGGUGAUUUCGAGUUCUUUUGCCGAAAAUCAAGAUCAAUAUGUUGUAGAAGAAGUAAAGAAAAUCGGAGAUGAUACAGUGAUGUGUCAUAGGUUGAAUUUAGAAAAAGUUGUAUUUUAUUGUCACCAAGUCAAUGCAACGUCGGCUUAUAUGGUUCCGUUGGUGGCGUCUGAUGGAACUAAAGCGAAAGCAUUGACGAUCUGUCACCAUGACACAAGAGGUAUGGAUCCUAAGAUGGUUUAUGAAGUUCUAAAAGUUAAACCCGGAGGGACUCCGAUUUGCCAUUUUGUUAGUAAUAAGGCUAUUGCUUGGGUACCUGAUCACGAUGGAAGUGAACUUAAUGAUAACCAUCCUUGUGUUAUAUAGGAUCUUCUCCUUUGAGGGUCCCUAAUGUUAAAAUUGGGUUUGUGUUGUGUUCAAGAAUAGAAAAUAAAAUUACGUGAAAAUAAUAUAUCUUAUAUAUAAAGUAUCGUCCAUGUAAUAUGUCUUGUAAUCGUUGAUAUCAUUCUAUCACAAUAGAUUAUGUAUGUUUGAAAUUAGUAAUAUGAAAAAUGUAGUGUUUUAUAUCA